AUGGACAUUGUCAAAAAAUGUGAAGGCCUGCCACUUGCAAUUGUUGCCAUAGGUGGUCUUUUGUCAACAAAGGAAAAGGUGCCAUUAGAAUGGAAAAAGUUGCAUGAUAGCCUCAGUUCUGAGCUAGAAUGUAAUCCACACCUUACAAGUGUAACAAAAAUUCUCUCUCUUAGUUAUCAUGAUCUUCCGUGCUACCUAAAGUCUUGCUACUUAUACUUCGGCAUUUUUCCAGAAGACUACUCAAUAACGGGUGAAAGAUUACUUUGGCUAUGGGUAGCUGAGGGCUUUAUAAAAGAAAAGAAGGGAAAACCAUUGGAAGACGUGGCAGAAGAAUACUUAAAGGAGCUCAUCCAUAGAAACUUGGUUCAAGUUUCAUUUGGGGAGCUUGAUUAUGAAUUAUUCAGAAAGUACAGAAUCCAUGAUCUAUUGCAUGAAAUCAUCCUAUCAAAGGCUGGGGAGUUAAACUUCUGUCAAGUUCUCGAAGCAGGUGACACAACUUUUCCUGUAAAAAGUCGAUGCCUAUCAAUCCACAAUGCUAGAGAAAAUAUUUUUGAAACAAGUGAGUGCUCUCGAGUUCGUUCUGUUUUUCUCUUCAACAUUAAUGAAAUGCCUAAUUCUUUCAUAGUUAAAUUGUUCAAAAAGUUCAAGCUUUUGAAAGUGUUAGAUUUUGAAGAUGCUCCUAUUGAUUAUCUUCCUCAAGAAGUGGGUAAUUUAUUCCAUUUGAAGUACUUAAGUUUGAGGAGAACAAAAGUGAAGAUACUCCCAAAGUCAAUGGGUAGGCUACAUAAUCUGCAGACACUAAAUGUCGUGGAAACCGUAGUGCGUGAGCUACCAAUUGAAAUAUGUAGGCUUUAUAAGUUAAGGCAGAUUUUGGCUCAUUCUCAUGACUUUGAAAUUAAAAGUAGCUUUUAUUCGUUGCGAGGAGUAAAAGUACAUGAAGGGGUUGGAUGUUUAAACGAAUUGCAGGUACUAUCAAUUAUUGAGGCAAAUCAUCAUGGGGUUGGUUUAUUUGAAGAGCUUAGAAAGUUGAGUCAGUUGAAGAUGUUGGGUAUUUCAAAUAUGACUGCAGAACGUGGGAGUGCUCUAUGUAUCUCCAUUCAAAAUAUGGUCCACCUUAAAUUUUUGUUUGUAGGCUCAAUUAGUGAAGAUGAGAUUAUAGACUUACAAUCAAUUUCAUCUCCACCUCCAUUUUUAGAGCAUCUUUCUCUAAGAGGUCGAUUGGAGAAGUUGCCUAGUUGGAUUCCAAAGCUUCAAAAUCUGGUCACACUAAUCUUAUUUUUCUCAUCAUUAGAGGAACAUCCAUUGUCGUGUGUCCAAGCUUUGCCAAAUCUAUUAAACCUUUCCCUCAAUCAUGCUAUGAUGGGGAGCAACUGCAUUUUGAGAAUGGUGGUUUUCAAAGACUCAAGAGGCUCACCCUCAGAGAGAUGA